ACUGGAGUCCCUACCUGAGCAGCACACUCCGGGGGAGCCUGGAAAUCACCGCUGCAACCAACUGACGUUAUACAGUACUGUUAUGAUUAUCAACCAAUGAAACAACACUGAUUCAUACUCUAAUUUACGGUUAUUUGUAACCCAUUCCGCAUCCGCAUGCACGGUGUGACAAGCUGCGUUGAAUGAAAGAUGCUGCGGCUGGCUGUAGCCGCUAGCUAAACUAGCUUUCCACAGCUGAGAGUCAGCAUCAUCGCCACUUCCCCUGUCGGAAGGGCGCACCCCGGAUAGCUAGCUGGCUAGCUGUACUCCGCAAACCAUGGCAGUAAACCUCAGCAAAAACGGCCCCGCGUUGACAGCGGCGUUUAAAGAAGUGGUGGAUGAAAAAUCUAAUACUAAUUGGGCCUUGUUCACCUAUGAGGGGAACAGUAAUGACAUCCGCCUGGCAGAUAAAGGGGAUGGAGGCCUGGAGGAGCUGGUUGAGGAGCUCAACAGUGGAAAAGUGAUGUAUGCGUUCUGCCGGGUCCAGGAUCCCAAUUCUGGUCUGCCUAAAUACGUCCUCAUCAACUGGACUGGAGAAGGAGUCAAGGAUGCCAGAAAGGGAAUAUGUGCAAAUCACGUUAGCUCCAUGGGCAAUUUCCUUAAGGGGGCCCACGUGACGAUUAAUGCCAGAGCAGAGGAGGAUGUUGAACCUGAGGCGAUCAUGCAGAAGGUGGCGAAAGCCUCAGGAGCCAACUACAGCUUCCACAAGGAAGCUUCCAACCGCUUCCAAGACAGCGGUCCCCAGGGGCCUGUGGUAUGCCCUUCUGGCUCGGUGUACCAGAAAACCAAUGCAAUGUCAGAGAUCAGGAAGACCAACAAAGACAACUUCUGGGCUCAGGCAGAGACCAGUGCUGACCUUGGUGGCACUUUUAAACUACAGAAAGAAGAAGAAAAGCGUCGGCAGGAGGAGCGGCGCAAGGCUGAGGAGGAGCGUAAGCUGCUGGAGAGGGAGAGGAAAGACCGGGAGGCCAAGGAGGCAGCACUGAGGGAGAAAAGGGACAAGGAGAAGGCCUCCCAAAUCGAGCAGCAGAAGUGGGUUGACACUGUGGCAAAACGCACGCUGGAUCGCACUUUGAGGCAGCGUCCUUUAAAUCACUCACAUCUCUUCCUGUUUUCUAGGAAGCACCAGGAGCAGCUGGAAGCUGAGAGUAAAGAGCAGGAGAAUCGCCGUUGGGAGGAGAAGCAGGAGAGCGAGGGCGGCCAGAAGAAAGCAGUCAGGAGAGGGGAGUCUGUGGAGAAGGCAAACGAGGCUGCCUCUGUCAUUUCCCAGCGUGCUGUGAACCCCAGAGAGAUGUUCAAGCAGCGAGAGCGGGGGGUAACUCCCAGUGACUCGGAGGUGCCCGAUGCUGCCCCGGCUAGCCCUCAGCCAGGGCGCCUUCAAAGCCCUUUUCUGUCUAAGCCAGCUUAUGAAUCUGAGCGAGCCAGCUCCCCUCAGCAUCAAGCUUCUCCCUCUCCUGUGCGAGCAGGCUCUGCCUCUCCUGUCCGUGCUGCAGAGCCUGAUGUGGAUGAUGGGCAGUCCAGAUGUGGGUAUGAUGAGCAGGAGGCAGCCCCCCCGGAGCAGACGGAAGAGGAGGCGCCGGCUGCCAACUCGUACGUCCGGGAGACGCCUCAGGAAGAGCCCGCUCAGGUCGAUGACAGUAACUACGAUGUGACUGUGGAGGAGACGGCAGACAGAGGCAUCUGUGCAAGAGCCUUGUAUGACUAUCAGGCUGCUGAUGACACAGAGAUCUCGUUUGAUCCCGAUGACAUCAUCACCGGAAUCGAGAUGAUAGACGAGGGCUGGUGGCGAGGGUAUGGCCCUGACGGCCAUUUUGGAAUGUUCCCUGCCAAUUACGUGGAGCUCGUUUAGCCCAUUCCCUGCACCCCCACCUCCCCCACCCCCCACCCCCAAUCACAGUCAAGCCCAGAGGAUGUCUGCCGUAAUACAACAUAGAAGAAGUCUGUCCUCGCCCACGAGAGAUGAAGCUGAGGAGGAGGGAAGAGCCUCCACCAUUGUGAGCCAGAAAGUUUUCCUCAUUUCAGCAAUUCCACUGUUGAUGUUCGCAGCAGCAGACGGCGUAGUUUAGGGAUCUGUGACAGACCAAAACUCCCCCAGUUCCCAGUCCCAAACGCAGUACGUCUCCUCCCCUGUAAAUGUGAUGCCGUGUAACGUGUUGGCCUUUGUUAAGUCUUCAUUUCUGUUGUGAGCAUCAACAGCACUUCUCAUCACAUUCCCUUCAAAGUGGCUUCGUCCCCAUUUCAGGUCUAAUUUUGAUGUUAUUGGUAGCGGCUGCUCCUGCACAUUUAAGGAGAAGAAAAUGAGAUGGUGGUACCAUUACAGCCUAAUCUUUGACCUUUUUUGCCUUUCUUUACCGGCAGACUGAAUUAUGCUAUUUUCUUUUUUAAGAGACUGAGUUUCUGUGUGAAAAUCAAACCUUUUCUGAUCAGACUGUGGUUGAAGUGAAUAUCUAAAAAAUCAUGAUGUUUGCUGUGUUUGGAUUGUUGGCUUUAGUAGGGCAAUGCAUAAGACAGCCAAGUUUCUUAUUAACUGUGAGUAAAGAGCAGUUUUCAUCAAAGGUCCUUCCUCAUUUGAACCACAUCAUUUCAACAUACCUAACUUUUCAGGGAAAAACUAAAUAGAAGAAUGCAUAAGUCAGCAUUUCUACUUUAUUUGGAUGUCACUGGGCUGACGUUGAGUUGGAGUGCACGGAAGACCUGUAAAAAUGGAUAUUAUGCUAUAGUGCCAUUAUGAGGGCGACGGGCAAUUCGUCAUUUAAACAGCUUGACGGUAAACUUUAUGCAACUUCACUGUUUUACGAUGGGCAAAGAAAUUCCCACUCUUUGAAACUUUGAGGUCAGUUGACAGGAUGAAAAAUGAACUCUUUGUGUCUCAUUUGCGUUAGUCGUGGUUAUUUUUCCAGAGUCUACUGUAACGCACACAUCCUUCAUAAUAAAAAUGAAUAAACAAGC